CGCCGCCCCAGGCGUCUGCUCCAUCUCCGGCCCCGCCGGGCUCCUCCCCGCGGCUCCGGCCUCCUUCCAGUCUCCGCGUUUCCCGGCCCGGCCUCCGAGGCCCCGCCCCCGUGCGCGCGGCGCUGGGCAGCCGGCGGGACGCGGCGGCGGCGCUACACUCGCUCCAUUGUGCUCGGGUGGCGGCGGCGGCGGCGGCCUCGCAGGUCCUCCCCGGUGCGUCCUCUCGGCCCGCCCGCGCCCACUCUUCGGUGACUGGCCAUGUCGGCGGCGGGAGCGUGCCCGGGCGUGGAAGCGGGCUUCUCUAGUGAGGAGCUGCUGUCGCUCCGCUUCCCGCUGCACCGCGCCUGCCGCGACGGAGACCUGGCCGCGCUCUGCUCGCUGCUGCAGCAGGCGCCGCGCGCCCACCUGGUCGCCGAGGACUCCUUCUACGGCUGGACGCCGGUGCACUGGGCCGCGCACUUCGGCAAGUUGGAGUGCUUAAUGCAGUUGGUGAGAGCUGGAGCCACGCUUGAUGUUUGCACCACACGUUACGCACAGACCCCAGCUCACAUCGCUGCUUUUGGAGGACAUCCCCAGUGCCUGCUCUGGUUGAUUCAAGCAGGAGCCAGCAUUAACAAACCGGACUGUGAGGGCGAGACUCCCAUUCACAAGGCGGCUCGCUCUGGAAGCCUAGACUGCAUCAGUGCCCUAGUAGCUAAUGGGGCUCACAUCGACCUGAGAAAUGCCAGUGGCCUGACAGCAGCAGACAUUGCUCAAACCCAGGGUUUCCAAGAAUGUACCCAGUUUCUCUUGAACCUCCAGAAUUGUCAUCUGAACCGUUUCUAUAAUAAUGGCACCUUAAACGGGGGCCAUCAGAAUAUAUUUCCUAAUCAUGUUAGUAUGGGAACAAAUCGCAAGAGAUGCUUGGAAGAUUCGGAACCCUUUGAAGUGAAGAAAGCUAGAACCGAAGCUCAAAGCUUGGAUUACUGCAUGCCACUAGUGAACAGCGAGGCGGAAGAUGAUGCUGAAAAAAUGCACGUCGAUAGAGAGUUUGCUGUCGUAACAGAUAUGAAAAACAGUAGCUCCGUAUCGAACACAUUGACAAACGGAUGUGUCAUCAAUGGACAUUUGGACCUCUCUUCCCCGACUCAGACCAAUGGGAUGGAAAGCAGGAGUAACCAGAGCUUAACAGGAUCUAAUGGAAUUAGCAAUGGAUUAGUUCCAGGACGACCAUUUCCAAGUAGCCAGGGUUCUCUCUGUGUUAACGGGACUGAGGAGCCAGAAAAGACCAUGGGCGUUAACCCUGAGAUGUGCGGUUCUCUGCACCUGAACGGGAGUCCGAGUAGCUGCGUAGCCAGUAGACCUUCCUGGGUGGACGAUAUUGGGGAGAAUUUGCACUAUGGACAUUACCACGGGUUCGGGGACACUGCUGAAAGCAUCCCCGAGCUUAAUAGUGUGAUAGAGCAUUCCAAUUCUGUGAAGGUGGAAGAAAGGUAUGACAUUGCCGUCCUGGGUACCAUGAACCUCUACCACGGCUCUUAAAGGCACGUGGCUGGGCUCCGCCUGGAAGCAUUAAUCCUUCCUAGUAGCCAACUCAGAAUACAACUAACGUAGCAUCAACUUUUAAAGGGAUGCCACAACUUGUCCUAUUUUUUCACACUUUAACUUUCUGAAAAAGGAAACUUGCAUUUAUACGACAAGCUUCUCGUGAGUCCUGGCGAAAGCACGAGAGGGCGUGUUGAGUGCAUCCGAGUCCCUUCCACAGGUAGCGGCACUCUCAAACGACGCACUUUAGCGAUUUAAUUUUCCUGUUGCCAAUCUGUCACCAUAAAUUGGCAGUUUUUCCUUUUGUCAAAUAUAAAGAUAAAUCGGAGGCAGUUACAGAGGUGCUUGGUAGUUUGACUUUUUGCACAUGGGCAUCAUUUUGAAAAGCUUGCUUUUACUCAUUCCUGCAGGAUUUUUGACAGAAGACAGCUAUUUCUCUAUGCAAGGUCUGGCCUUACAAAGAUGACUUGCAGUGAUUUGUAUGAAGAAAAAAAAAAUUGUGCUUUUCAAAGUUCUUGCAUUGAAACUUUGCAGCUUGACAUGUAAAGGUCUCGCUUGUAGACACACACAGUGGUUUGGACACAUGAGUCAUGUCCCUUCUUUCCUGAUGUAACUCACUGGCUGUGUUUCAUUGCAAACACAUGCAGCCAGGGACUGACUUCUAAUUGAUUGUUUCUAUUACACAUUUCCUACUUUGUCUCUAGAGUUUUUACUGCAGAUAACGGUUUCCUUUAUAUGUAGUGGAAGUUAUUAUUUGUAGGAACUGUCAGGUCAAAAUGGUUAACUGACCACUCUGACUUAUAUUUCCUUUUUUCAUUGUUUUUGUUUUUCUGGGGGUUUUCUGCUUUAAAAUAUAUACCACUAUGUAUAUCCAGUAAACUGAGAGAAUUUUGAAUCUCUUUUAAUAAAACUGUUAAGUUUAUGGUUUUUGUAGAAAUUAGCUUUUAUUUAGGUGACACUGUGGUUACACUGUGCAAAUAUUGUAAUGGGUUUUUACUUUUCUGUUUUUUAUAAUAAAAAUGGGUGAAGGUAGAGAAAAUGUCAAAUGAACAAGCCAAUGUUCUAGCGUGUUACUAACAUUUUGUUUUUUUAAACUGUCCUUUACAAAUUGAAUUAAAAAAAUCCUCUUACACUCA